AUGAAUUCUUCAAACGAAUUUAAUCAAAUUGAUGAGAAUUCUAUUUUAAUUAAUCAUGAAAAAAUAUAUAAAAAUAAAAUUGAAGAUGAUUUAUAUGAUGUUAAAGAAAUAAUGGAUGAGUCAAUUAAUGAUAAAUAUGAAAGAAUAUUUAAUAUACAAACAGAUAUACAUGAAACAUUGAAAUCUUCAAUAAAGAAUGAUAAUUUAGAUAAAAUUCUUCAUAUUUCUCAAUGUAAUCUUAUUACUAAUAAUGAUGACAUAAUUCAUUAUCCGAAAAAUAAUUCUGAAGAUUUUCAAUCAUCAAUAAAAUCAAAACUGAUAAUUCGUCAAUCAAUUGAUUCUUUUUUAAAAUUUAAUCAAUCAGAAGACGAUGGACAUAUCGAACCUAAUACAACACCUGAAGAUUCUCUAACAAUAAAUGAAUAUCAUCAUUUUAAUUUUAAUAAUUAUAUUAAUAAUAAUGAAGAAGAAGAAAAUAUAACAACAAAAGUUCAUCAUCAUCUUAAAACCAAAUAUAGUUUCAUAACUGAACAUCCUUUAACACAUGUCGAUAGUCAACAUGCAAUAUUAAUAGAACAAGAAUUAACAGUAAUAUCAAAUGAAGAAAAACAAAAUGAUCAAUUUCAAUCAAUACUUUUCGAUAAUGAACAUCAACAAAUGGAAAAAAAGACUAACGAAGAACAGAACAUAGUUCUACUUGAAAAAACUGAUUUAAAAGAUUUAAAUCCAUAUGAACCUUGUCCUUCUCAAUUAUUAAUAUAUAAGGAAUCACAAGAAAAUCAAUUGAAUAUUAUUCCUAUUACCAAAUAUUCUUAUGAAGAUAAUCAAAGUUCUAUUAAUUCUUUAUUGAUAUAUCAUCACUCUCGUAUUAAUAUUGAAUAUUGUACGAUUUCAAAAUAUUUUCUACUUCCACAAUUCACUAAAAAUCAUAUUGAAUGUUUUCAACAUUUGUGGUCACCUCAAGUAUAUUUAACGAAAUUUAUUAAUUUUAAUACAUCAAAAAAUAUUUUAUCUAUUCAUUGGUCAUUAAUCAUUUUAUUUUCUAAAUUGAUUAUAACUGGAUUAUAUAUAUUUUAUUCUUAUAUUAAAAUUCUUCGAUAUGAUUUAUUCAUAUUUGGUUUUUAUUAUUUAUUAGGUUUACUUUUUGGAAUGAAUGCAUAUUUAUUUAUUGACUUUAUUUUACUUCUAACUUGUUUUAUUUAUAUUUGUAUGAAUACUUAUAAAAAAUGCUUCUUUUAUUAUAUUGAUUUAAACAAAUAUGAUAAUGAAUUAACUAAUAUGAAAAAUAAAAAUCAAUAUUGGAAACUUUUCAAAUUAGUUGCAUAUGGAUUUGCAAUAGGAAUAAUAUCAACUUAUUUUAUGUAA